GGUCCGCUUGUGAUCAAUAUGUCCACGUGACCUUUCGUUAGUCAGUCGAGAGUCGCGUAAUUGCAAAUGCAAAAUGUCUGAAGGAACGCUUGUGUUGAAAAUGAAGUCAUAAUAUUUUGUUAACUGUUAAUAGUGUUCUAGUGUAAAAUGCCUGCGUCAAUUGGUGUUAAUUUACGUGUGACGGGCCAUUGUAGCCAAGGCGGGAGAAAGUAUAUGGAAGAUUUGUUUUCCGUUGCGUAUCAACAAACCGAGGACGAGAGAGAUUUGGAGUAUGCCUUCUUUGGAAUUUACGAUGGGCACGGUGGGAGCGAGGCCGCAGCUUUCGCGAAGGAGCACUUGAUGGACUCUAUUGUGAAGCAGCGUCAGUUCUGGUCGGACAACGACGAGGACGUGCUGAAAGCUAUCAGGAAUGGUUACAUGCUGACCCACUUGAACAUGUGGAAAGAGCUAGAGAAAUGGCCAAAGACUGUGACAGGAUUACCGAGCACUGCGGGCACUACGGCCAGCGUAGCUUUUAUAAGGCGAGGGAAAAUAUAUAUUGGCCAUGUUGGGGAUUCUGCUAUUGUUCUUGGUUACCAGAAAGAAGGGAGCGAGGAAUGGGCUGCCAAACCCUUAACAUCAGAUCACAAACCUGAAUCCACAGCAGAAAUGGAACGCAUCCAAAGAUGCGGUGGCAAAGUGGUCUCCAAAGCAGGAGUUCCCAGAGUUGUAUGGAACAGACCCCGCCAAGGUCACAAAGGACCUAUUAAGAAGAAUACCCCAAUGGAUGAGAUCCCAUUCUUGGCUGUGGCCAGGUCCUUAGGUGACCUAUGGAGUUAUAAUACACAGAAUGAUGAGUUCAUAGUCAGUCCGGACCCAGAUGUGGGAGUGCUGACUAUAGACCCUACUAAAUUUAGGUGCCUAAUAUUCGGAACAGACGGUCUAUGGAACAUGAUAUCACCAGAGGGUGCUGUGAGCCUAGUGCAGGCGACGGAGAGACACAAUGAGGCAGCACUAGUUGGGGGCUCUGCUAACCAGCCGAGGGACUGGUUGAACCCGUCCAAAAGCUUAGUGGACCAUGCUCUUGAGAGAUGGUCGAACACGCGCAUGCGCGCCGACAACACGUCGGUCGUGACGCUCAUGCUGGACCCGCCCGGGCCGCCCCGCGCCACCGUGCUGCGCGCGCGCUCCAAGCCCGCCGCGGCCCCCGCGCCGGCCCCGCCGCCGGAGGAACCCGACACGAGGGCUGUGCCGCAGAACGGACUCACCAUCAUGACUAGAUACUCGGAUGUCGACAGCAAUAAGCCUGCGACGCCGGAGACCACAGAGAGUAGCAGAACACCCCUACCUCCGUGUGCAACCCUCGACGGGCGCUUCUCAACCGGCAGCGACGACCGCGGCGAGAAGCGCGAGCUAGACAGCGAUGCGAUCGCAAACUACGGCAACCCCGCCGAGUCCUACUUCAUGGCUCGCCUUCUCCAACGGUCCAGGCUAGUCAACACUCUGUCCUCGGUCACGAAGGAGUUGGCCGGCGAGAAGAGAGAGGAACCCCAACCGGAGCCGGCCACAGUGCUUCCGGAGCCCGAGUUGGAGAAAACGCUGCCUCCCGACGUGCCCGUCGACCCCCCGUCGUCCGCGGCGGAGGAGCCGAAGACCGACAGCGACGACGUCAGUAUCCAGAUCAACGAGGUGUCCUCCAGCUCGCCGACGGAGGGCCCGCCGCGACCGCGCGGCCGGCGACCGAAGGCCGAGGCGAGGCGCGACGCGCCGCCGCCGGCCAACGACCGCGUGCUGCGCUCGCACGACGCCGAGGCGGCGCCGCGGCCGCAGACCCGCCAGGCGGGCGCCCGCGCCCGGCCCGCCGCCGCGCCGCCCGCCGACCGCGUCGUGAUCCUGAGCCGCCGCGCGCCGCCCGCGCCCCCGGCGGGAAACUCGGCGCGCGCCCCGGGCCCGGCGCGGCGGGCCCCGGCGGCGCGGCGCCCCGCGCCCUGCCCGCCCCCGCGCGGCAGCUGCAAGGAGAACCGCGCCCGCCCAACUCGCGGCGCCGCGCCCGCCUCGCGCCGCUCGCCGCGCACCGCGGAUAGCGCGCCCGACCCCGAGGUGCACUCCACCACGCCGCCCGUGCCCGCGCCCGCCCCCGCCCCCGCCGACUGCCUGCGGGCGCGCGCGCUCCGCUCGCGCAACGACGCGGCGGAGCCGGCGCCGGCGCCGCCCGGCAAGGCGGGCAAGCGGCGCGCGGCGGCGGAGGAGGGCGUGGCGCACAAGGCGCCGCGGCUGGACGCCGGCAAGGCGCACAGGGCGCCGCGGCUGGACGCCGGCAAGGCGCGGCUGUCGGCGGGGGAGCGCGUGGCGCGCGCGCUCAACAAGCGCGCGUCGGGCCCGUGGGCGCCGGCGUUGGCGCUGCGCAACCGCCUGCGCCGGCGCUUCGCCAAGUGACUAGUGUUGUAGUGUCGCGGUUACCUGUGAGUGCGGGGAUAACGGUGCCUUCUAGUACUGCCAAAGUACUCUUUGACUUUUCAUAUUUUAUCGCCCCGGCCGGGCGGAAUCCAAAGAUGACCGCGUCGUUUACGGUUAAACUUCUGUUGUUGAUUUUUAUUUUUAGCGAUCCGCUCUCGGGGCCGCGGUCGUCGCCGCGCGGCGAACGAUAGUACAAAGAGUAUAUUGAAUAUAAAACGUAAGUUUAACUCGUGGACCAGGCGGAAUGAAUUAGCCCCGAUAGAUAUUUAUUUUAUGCGUAUUUACGGCCGAUAUCGUCCUGCAUUUAUCUUUAAGCGUGUGAAAAUUAAAUUUUCAUCACCGAGGCUACACGUAACUUCACUGAACCUUAUGAAGCGCGAGUCAGAUAUAUAGUUACACCAUUAUUUUCGAGAUGUCGCGACGGGGGAACCUUUCGCAAUCAUAUAUAUUUACCCUUAAUUAUAAUAGUGAAAUUAUGCAUACUAUACCAAGAGUGCUUUUCUCAAAUAAUGUAGUAAAUUUAAUAAGAGUGCUAUAUAUAAUAUUUAUAUAUUUGAAGUGUACAGAAAAAUGUACAGUUUGAAUCAAAAUUUUCGUAUUAACAAAAAAAGGCAAUUUUUAAUUUUGAAGAAAUUUAGUUAUUGGAGUUGUUAUUCUUUUAGGAAAAGAAUUAUUUUAUGUACUUCCUUACUAGCUUUGUCCUUUAGCGAUGAGAGUAGCUAGUUUAACUAAAAAUGACAUCUUAUUUUAUUACGGAAUUCUUAUUAAGAUAGACAUGUUAGACAUAUCCAUGUAACUUGUAUUUGUCUUAAUGCGCCUUCCAUAUUGUUACAUAGAAUUGUGUUUUCAGUUAGGAACUAGACCAAUAGAGAAAAUAAGAGAAGUAUCGGCUUAUUAAGCCGCAGUCUUAGUAAAGAGAAAAAAGUUGAAACUUAAUAUACCAGCUUUACCAAUAUUGUUUUAUAUUUUAGGAGUACCUAUAAAUUGUUAAUUUGAAACUUUGACGUAUAUAAUAUGCAUUAAGGUGAAUAACUUAUGACAGUUAUGUAUUGUUGUAUUUAUGCAAAAGCAAUCUACUUUUUUCUCUUCACCUUAUCCAAUAAAUUUGCUAAAUAUAUAUUUCCAUAAAUAAAAUAGCUCAUAAUUCUUAUGAAAAACUAUAAAGGCGCACUCCAGUUUAAUUUUUUGGAGCAACACUGUGCAACAGGACAUCCGGUUAAGUUCCAUGAAUGGUGAUGGCGACUCAUGAAUAUUUUUUUUGUUGUUUACUCAUUGAUGUUGUUUCAAGUGUAAUAUUGAUAGCUUAUAUUUCACUAUUCUUUAGUCAAUACCCGGCAGUCCACGUGACUGUUUGUAAACUCCUGCUAUUGCUUUACUAACAGCUUAUCAUUAUCACCGUACAACUUUGUUCUGCCUACCUUGAUACUGUAUAUUGUCCCAUUGGAAAGAUGCCAUUUUGUUUUUAAAAGUAAAUUGUACAAGACUAACGUUAGUUACUGUAGCACAGUUUUGCUCCAAAAAAAAAUUUACUGCCGUGUGGAUGCGCCUUUAUGAGCAGCUCGCUGCAGAUUUUCGAGACAUUUUUUUGUGGAAAUAUAUUCACUGUCAACUGACCAGCUCAUCUGAUUUAUGUAAUAAUAAGUAUUGAUAAUUAUGUGAUGAUAAACCAUUGAUGUUUUCCAAAACCAAAACAGUUACGUUACGUUUGCGUACCGCAAGUUUGUUGACUAUACGUUUAAUUUGUAACAUUUGACUAACCAACAUGUUAAUGGACUGAAUGUUCUGUAUUUUUUAAUGAUAAAUUUUAUUGUGUAACAGGGUUGCAGUGACGCACCGAUUUCAAAUCAUAUACAAAGUUUUUGCAAAAUUUUAACUUUGUAUUGCACUACACGUUUAAGCAGUUAUAAAAACGCCUUGUGUAGUUUUUUUUACCAAGUCCAGGAAUAUGUAAUAUCUUGGUCUAUAACAGAUAUCUGUCUGAAAAACCAAUUUGUCCGUAGGAAAGGUGCAAUAAAAAAAAAAAUAUGGAAGAACUACGCACCUACAUUCAAAGGACCAUGGGCAACUUUGUAUGGAGCCUGGACCCAACGCCAACAGAAAUGAGAGUAAGGUCAUUAGAUAGGUAUUUCUAUGCACUUUAUUUUGUUCUAUGGGCACCAAGCGGAAUUCCAUUGCAGAACUGAGAUAUUGGUAUUUUAGCCAAAAUGUCGUCACCCUUAUUACCUAGGCAAUAGAGUCCAAGUAAGUAAAUUAAUUACUGCAGGGUAGAUGUUCGCGCACCGCCGGGCGAGCACACUGAAUGAUUUGCCGCGCUGGCCCGGCGGUGGACUAUAUUGCCUAGGUAAUAAGGGUGACGACAUUUUGACUAAAAUACCAAUAUCUCAGUUCUGCAAUGGAAUUUCGCUUGGUGCCCAUAGAACGAAAUGAAGUACAUAGAAAUACCUAUCUAAUGACCUUACUCUCAACUCUGUUGGUAUUGGGGCCAUUUUGACGCAUAGUCCUUUGUUGCCUUUUUCUACUGGCAAAAUUAUUGCCAUACUUUAAAAUCUGCAUCCCAUAUUGGCCUACCGCGAAAACCGAAAUUCGCAAAUUGCUGGGAUCUUUCUCUUUUACUCUCACUAAGACAUAAUUAGAGUGACAGAGAAAAAUGCCCGCAAUUAACCAACUUCGAUUUUCGCGGUUAUAGCCCUGGUGUGGACGCACAGAUUUUUAGCGUUUUGUGACUGCUUAGUACUGUGAGAAGUUUUACAAGCAAUGUAUUUCUUUUCCAAGCGAUAGAAAGAUUUGUUUUGCCAAAAACAAUAUCAUAUGUGGACCAAUACCUACAUCUACAAAUUAUACUCCAAUUAUUAAAUGUUCAAAUAAAACACAAGUUUAUAAAAGUAAUAAUGUGUGUGAAACGUAAAUAGGGAUGUGUCGAUCAUUUAUUAAUCGAUUUCCUCGAAUUAUCGAUGUGUGAACAUAAUCGAUUAAUCGAACCAAAAUCGAGCGUCCCUAGUAAAUCUGUCGUCCUGGCAACCCAAAAAAGCUGUGCGUAGGAGUACCUCAAAGGAGUAAAAUGAAAUAAGAAAAUGUGCCUCAAUCGUUACCGACUUCACAAAAAUACAUAGGUAAAUAAAACUAGUGUUCUUUGAUAAAUCAGAUAUGUAUUUUUAUUAAAAAAGUAAAGAUUAUGCAUUGUAAAUUAGCUGUAAAAGAAGAUUUAAUAUAAUUUGUUAAGCUUAUUGUCGAAAAUGUUUUAGAAAAGUUAAAGUUCGUCACUAGACCGUUAGCUUACGUUUUUUUGUUAAUUACAUUUGAUUUGUGCUUAAUUUGGAUUGUGUUUGGUUAGGUCUGUGACGGAGUGUUAAGUUUACAAAAUAUAAAUAUCAAUUUUGUAAAACAUGGAGGGUAAUUGAUGCCUUGGAACUUGGAACCGUAAGGAUUGGCAAUGCUAAUAUUGAGAAGAAGCUAAAACAAAUUUUAUAACUAUACAUAUUAGUUAAAGGUAAAGGAUUAUUGUAGAUAUUAUUUUUUGAUUUGAAUAAAGUUUGUACGAAAAA